AUGUUAAGAUACUCAUAUCGCAGACUGUACACUGCAGUGUAUCACCAACAACAUCCAAUACUCAAUAAUGCACGAUUACACACCACAACUUCGACGACCACAACUACAACACCACCCAAGAGGUCACCAACUCUAAAGGUUAUCUCAAAACCAUCAUCACCAUCACCAUCAUCAUCCUCCACGACUACUCAGCAGUCCAACAACAACAAUGUAAAGCCAACAGACAGUCCAACAAUAUCAUGGCCACCAAAGAUUGACAAGCCAAGUAGUAGUGUGUCUAGGUCAUCUCCAAAGACAACAACAACAACAACUGGCAACAACAACAACAAUGACAAGACAUUCGUAUCUUCAUAUUACAAGGUCAAUGAAGAGAAUGUACUUAGCUAUCUCGACAGGAAGAAGUUACUCUAUAGAAUCAGUGGACAUGAGAUCGUUGUCAAAGAGUGUCCAAUGUGUCCAGACACAAAGGGUAAGCUGGACAACCUGUGGAAGCUAUAUAUAUCAAGAGAGACCAGCACAUUCUUUUGUCAUCGAUGUUCAAACAAGGGAUCAUGGUUCGAUUUCAAGGCCAACCUCGGUGAUCUAUCCCUCAAGCAGAUAUCAUCAACCACUGGUGAUGAAGUGGACGCACAUGAUGUUACCACUACCAUUGCUGAUAUUAAAAGGAUGGCUACAUAUGCUGCAGAGUUGGACAAACAUCCUGAUGUCAUCACCAAGUUAACUGGAAAGGGUACAGGCGAGAGAGGAUUGACAUUGGAAGUUUGCAAGAAGUAUCAGGUUGGUGUCACUAAUCAAUCAUUCUUUGUGGAGGAUGGUUGGCAAGAUCAAAAGUGUAUCACAUUUCCAUGGACAAGCUUGGACAAGAAGGGCAAUGUAAUCACACAUCGAUGCAAGUUGAGAGCGGUCAACAUGAAGGCUCUCCAGAGAAUAGAACCAAAGGGUGGAAAGUGGGGAUUCUUUGGAUGGCACACAAUACCCGCCGAUGCCAAAGAGAUUGUACUGACAGAGGGUGAAUACGAUGCCAUGGCCGUACAUCAAGCCACAGGCAUGCCAACAAUAUCACUCCCGAAUGGUGCCAACUCUCUACCCAUUGCACUGUUGCCAUUGUUGGAGCGCUUUGAGAAGAUAUAUCUUUGGAUGGACGACGAUGUCAUUGGACAGGAAGGCGCACAAAAGUUCGCCGAGAAGCUUGGCAUCCAGAGAACGUUCAUCAUCAAAACAAAGCAGGGUCAGGAUGAUGGUCCUAAAGAUGCAAACGAUGCACUGCUACAAGGAAAGAACCUCUCUGCGAUACUGUCCACCGCCGCCAAUGUUCCACAUGAUCAGAUAUGCGACUUCUCAUUGGUGAGAACAUCGAUAUACAAUGAGCUGACCAAUCCAGCAUCGGUCAAUGGUGUAAAGAGCAAGUGGUUCCCAACCUUUAACAAGUUGCUCAAAGGUCAUCGUAAGGGUGAGCUCACCAUCUUCUCGGGACCAACUGGUAUUGGAAAGACAACACUACUCUCUCAACUGUCUUUGGAUUUCUCCACUCAAGGUACACGCACUCUAUGGGGUAGCUUCGAGAUCAAGGUUGCAAGACUGGCCAAGAAGAUGAUGGGGCAAUACACUGGUGUCAAUCUGGAGGACAAAGUAGAGGAGUACAAUAGGAUGGCCGAUGAAUUCGAGACACUGCCAAUGUACUUCCUACGUUUCUAUGGUUCGACACACAUUGACAAGGUACUCGAUGCCAUGGAGUACGCCGUAUAUGUACAUGAUGUGGAGCACAUUGUACUGGAUAACCUCCAGUUCAUGCUCAGUGGUCAGAGCAAGGGAGUGGAGAGAUUCGAGAACAUGGAUGAGUCGAUCGAGAAACUCAGACACUUUGCCACACAAAAGAAUGUACACAUCACUGUUGUCAUCCAUCCAAGGAAGCAGGACAUUGGCAUACCCUUAAAUAUCAAUGAUAUAUUUGGUACUGCCAAAGCAACUCAAGAAGCGGACAAUGUAAUCAUAAUGCAGAAUGGAAAGAACUUUAGAUAUAUUGACAUCAAGAAGAAUAGGUUCUCUGGUCAUUGUGGAAUCAUACCACUUUCCUUUGAUCCAGACACAUGUAGAUUCAGCGAGUUGGAUACAACUGUUGUUCCAAAAGUCAAUACUACCACGCAACAACAACAAGACGCACCGGUGAGCACAGAACAUAGUGUUCAAUGA